UGCCCUCUCCUCUAUAUUUUCUUCACCGCCAUCAGCCAAACCCUCAUUCAAUGGUUGAUGAUCAUGCUUUUCAACCACUCUCUUAAGCUAUGGUGUUAAUUUGAGCUUCUUCAACUCUCUUCACUUCCUAUACAACACUGCGGUUCAGGUUUCCUGACAGAAUUUCGCAUUGAAGCAGCAAUCAGCGACAAGUUUUGAUUAUCCAUAGAAGCAAUGGAUCCUUGCAUUCCUGAUAACAGAUUAGUUUUGCAUGGAAAUUUUGAAAGAGAUUAUGGUGAUUUGGAGGAGUGUCAAUUUCAGGUUAAUGAAAUGGUGAACAAGGUUGAUGAUCUUUCUCAGAAACUCAAAGAGGUAGAACAGUUCUACACAACCACAAAUAAAAAGGAACAUAAUACUUCCAAGCUAGGUUCUAUUCUCAAGGACAAAGACAAGGAUAAACUCAUUGCGAACUUAAAGAAACGUAAGCAUGAUGCACCUCUUAAGGAAGCAGCGGCAAAAAAGAGAAUGCUGGAUCUUAUGCGCCAAUUCGGCACAAUAAUCUCCCAGGUUACCCAACACAAGUGGGCAAUACCAUUUAUGAAACCUGUAGAUGUUGUGGGUCUCGGCUUGCAUGAUUACUACGAGAUUAUUGAGAAGCCUAUGGACUUCAGUACAAUAAAAAAAAGAAUGGAUUGUAAAGAUGGUUCAGGUUACAAACAUGUCAGGGACAUAUGGGUCGAUGUGAGGUUAAUAUUUAAGAAUGCCAUGAAAUACAAUGAUGAAAAACACGACGUUCAUGAGAUGGCUAAGCAUUUAUUAUCGAAAUUUGAAGAAAAGUGGCUGAAUAUAUAUCCAAAGAUUGCUGAAGAGGAUAAACGACUGGAAGAAGAUGAAGCUGAGAUGCAGUUUGAUAUGCGACUAACUCAUGAAGUUGCUCACGCCAAAAUGGCCCGCGAUUUGAACAACGAGCUUGACGAGGUUGAUCUGCAUCUGGAAGAACUUAAAGGCCUAGUCCUUGAGAAAUGCAGAAAGAUGACCACUGAAGAGAAAAGAAGACUUGCUACACAUCUCACCAGAUUACCUCCUGAUGAUCUCAACGAAGCACUAAUGAUUGUAGCAGAGGAUAACCCUUGUUUCCAGGCAACUGCCACGGAAGUGGAGCUCGAUAUUGAUUCUCAGAGCGAAUUGACGUUAUGGAGGCUGAAGUUCUUCUUGAAAGAUAAGCAGGCAACGAGAGAUCAUUCGAACCACAACCAUAACAAUGGAAAUAACGCGAACAAUACCAACAGUAAGCCACCAGCAACAGUUAAUAAGAACAAUAAUAAUGUGAGCAAAAGAAAAAGGGAGAUUUGCGAUGCAAUCGCGAAGAAUUUGCAGAAGAAAGCCAAGGAGAGCCCUCCACAAAUGUAUAAUAAUAAUCCUAGAAAGUAACUAAACAAACAGCAGCAGCAGCAGCGUCUGUUUCAGACAUCGUCAAGUUUUUAGUUUUACUUUCUUAUGUAGCUGUUCUCAAUUGAAUUAUCAGUGUCGUAAAUUUACAGAGGUUGGAGAUUUUUUUUCUUUAAUUAUGUAAAAUUUGAAUUGAAGUUGU